GCAGCUAGAGAAGAACACUCUUGUUUGUUAGUACAGUCUCAACGAUGGCCAAAAUACAGCCCCUCCCUGCCGCCGCCUCGCCGUCUUCAUGCUCUUCCUCGGAUGAACACGCAAGCCGGCAGACGUACACGGUGUGGAUGAAGUCACUGGUGUUCAACGGCAACGGCUGCACGGUGUACACCGCGGACGGCGGAGUCGCCUUCCGCGUGGACAACUACGGCUGCAGGGGCGGCCGCGAGGUGUUCUUCAUGGACCGCGCCGGCAACACCCUCAUCAGGAUCAGACGCAAGGGCUUCGGCAUGUUCAGGAGGUGGGAGGUCUGCCAUGUCGCCGGCGAGGAAGAAGAGGCGACGCCGUGGUUCAUCGUGCGCCGGGCCGAGAAGAGCGGGGCCGCCGUGACGAUGCACGGCGGCGCGGGGGAGUGCUUCAGGGUAGACGGGUGCUGCGCGCGGAAGUCGGACUACAGAGUCAUCAGCGGCGGCGCCGUCGUUGCGGAGGUAGCCCGGAAGCAGACGGCGGCUGGUGUCGUGCUGGGGGAGGACGUGCAUACCCUGACGGUGGAGCCGGAGGUGGAUCACCUGCUCGUGCUGGGUUUGGUCGUCGUCUGUGGGCUCAUGAACCGCUCCUUGUAA